AUGGAGACCACGUGCCUCGUGGCUCGGACGCUGUUGCUGUGGCUCGUCGCGCUCGGACGCGUGUCGCUCGCCGAGACCUUUGAGAACUCGACGCCUGCGCUGCGGAUGGCGCAGCUCGUUCGCUUGGGCCUCGAGUCGCCCCAGCUCGAGCUCCAGACGUCGGUGCCGAUCGAAGUGCAGUAUCUGCUGACCCAAAGAAACGUGGCGUGGACAGACUUGGGCGGGACGUUGCAGCGACUCGUGCUCUGGGAUCACGGCUACAUUGUCACGCCCCGCGACACGACACGAGAAGUCCGCGUCCGCUGCGCGCUCGCAAUGGACGACGUGGCAGUUUCGCGGCACGAGUUCAAGAGGCUGCAUAACUGUCUCUCGACUGUGUGCACAGAUCCUGUGCGUUCUGGUACGGUGUGGAGAGCAACAGGCUGUGCUGACAGUGACAUCGAGCAGGUGGCCAAGUGUGCAGUGCUAGAAGUGGACAGCGAAGCGCCUGCCGCGUCGCUGGACGUCGAGACGAGCGUGAUGUGGUCCGAAGAGGGAUACAACACGGACGUCCCGAUGCCGACGUUGCGUCGCCAUUCCGUCGGGACUUUUGCCAUCACGAUGCAAAGCUCUGUCAGCGACGAAGCGUGUUCACGCCAGCUUGCUCUUGUUAUCCCGUGCACGACUGUCAAGGCUCCUGCAAAUAGCAGUGUAUGGUGCAAACCCCGCAGAUUGGCCGUGGUGGCAGAGCUGCUGCAAGAUCUCAUUGACUCGCGUCGAUCAAGAGAGGUGCUUGACACAGGGUCUACCGGACUGCUCGUUGGUAUCUAUGUGGUUGCCACUGCUCUCGCUGUGGUGCUUUGCUCUCUGGGACUCGUGUGCUUUCGCCAUACUCACAGCAGACGUCGGAAACAGCUACGAGCUGUGCUGGAUGCCAGUGGCAAAGCGACAUUCGAUCGCUGCGCUUUGACACCUCGAGGCACAUUCUUCGUGACCGCGCACCGCAACAACGGAGCAUCAGGGCCGAUGUCAUAUGAGCUGCUUGAUGCUGGGACCAGUUCCGAAGCAGACGCUCGAAGAAGAUGCUCGAAUGCUACAGCGUCGGUAGUAGUCGAUUACUCGGAUGCCCUCGGUGCUUCAGAAGUGCUGCUACAGUUCCAGAACGAUCCUGUCGUUCAUGCGUUACGUGUCCCCAUCGUCGACGUCAACGGCGGCAGCAUACUUUGUCGUGGCCCAGCGCAUGAAGUGCUGGUUGGAACUCUUGACUCGCGCAGAGUCGUUCUCAAGCGAUUGCGGGACCCGAAGCGCAACAGUAUUCGUGCAGUUGAACGUCUUGCCCGUGAAAUUCACGUAGCUGCCAAGUUGAAGCACCCGAAUAUCGUGGACUUGGUGGGCAUUGCUUGGAACUCGUUGCAGAACCUUACGGCGAUUUGGGAACACCAUUGCAGCGGUGACCUUCAGCGUGCUAUGUGCAGUGAGAGAAAGUGUCAAGACUGGACGUGGCCUCAGCAAAAACUGCACAUUGCGGUCGGAGUCUCACGCGGUCUGUCGUUCCUUCAUGGCCAGUCGCCUCCGGUUGUUCAUGGUUCACUGGACCCUCGCCACAUUUUGCUGAAUCCGGUUACAGGAGCGCCGGUACUUUGUGGAUUUGGUUCCUGUGCUAGUCGACCAUUUGAUGCCACCUGCGAGGACAAGUGCGGGACUGUGGGUCGAGAUAGUAUCUGGAAUGGACCAGAAGUAUUGACAGGGCGCGAGUUGUCACGACACUCGGAUGUCUAUUCGUUCGGCGUCCUGUUGGUAGCGCUCGACACGGCAAACUCGUUGAUUGGUGUCAAGAGAGCAGAUCUACUGACGUUGUUGACACCCGUGUGUCCUGAAGUCAUUCGAGAAAUGGCUCGAGACUGUCUUCGAAGCGACCCGAUGAGACGUCCGACUGCAAGGCUCUUGAUGCAUCACUUGGAGAAAGUGUAUCGCACACGCUCGUUGUCUUCGUGCUGA